AUGGCUAGGGUGGCAAAGACAGCCCUCUGGUCUAGAGCAGCAGCAGCAGCAGCAGCAGCUACCACCGCCGCCGCCAAAGACAAAAGAUCGAAGCUUAAGAAGACCGCCACCAAAAGACUCAAGCUUAAGAAGCUAAACCCUAGAUCUAAGCUUGCCAAGAGAUCAUGUCACUCAUUAAUACGUUCUCCUUCUCUUUCUAGUUCUCGGGGUUGCUGUUGUCGAUCUCGAUCUUGAUCUCAAUCUCGAUCUUGUAGCAGAACUACAUUUAAGAUUACGAAGAAGGGAGAGCAAUCACUUCNAAGGAGAAUUAGGAGACAAAUCAAGAUUGCUACUAAACUUCGAUUGAUGCAGAGACAACUAGAGCAGAGACAACUGGAACUGAUCGAACCAGAACCGACUGUGGCUUUGGAGCCAAGCGAGACUACAUUGACAUUGGUCAUUCAUGAGCAAGUGAAUGAGAAUGCCAAUGAGCUNGAGCCUGAGGAAGUUCCAUCAUGCCUUGACAGUGACCAGGUUUCAAAUGGAGACUUGGCCAGCUCCUAG